AUGACUGAUAAUAACCGGGGUAAUUAUUACAUUAUUGCCGACCAUUUGCGAACUACCAUUUUUGCUUUGGCUGACGGAGCCGUAUUCGAACCGAAAGGACGAGGUUAUAUUUUGAAAAAAUUAGUUAAGAAAGUGGCUUGGUUGGCUUACUUUCUUAAUCUGGCCCGAGAAAAUUUACGAGCCAUCAGUGAAGAAUUGAUAACAGUUAAUUCUUCUUAUUAUCCUUAUCUACAAGAAAAAAAAGCUGCAAUAAUAAGUAGUAUUGAAAAGGAACUUGGGAAAUCUCAACAGUUAAUUAUUGAGGCCGUAAGAAAGUUAGAUAAUUAUUUUUCUCCUGAGAUUACGGCCCAAGACAUAUUUUUCUGGUAUGAUACCCAAGUGAAAGGAGAAGAGAUAAAACAACUAUGGAAGGAAUUGGAAGCUGUCAAAACAGAACGAGACGGAUUAAGAGAUGCGACCACAAAGUUCAUUCGGAACAACAACGGGGAGAUUUUAGAACAAAACGAAAACAAAAAAUCUAUCAAUAGUGAGAACAAAUUAGAGAUUAUUAAUGCUGAUUAUGAAAAACAACUAGCCGAGGCGAAUAAGUUAAGAAGAAAAGUUAGAACAAGAAAUUGA